ACUCCACCCUUGUCUCCUCCUACUACUCCACCCUUGUCUCCUUCUUCUGCUCCACCCUUUCCUCCUCCUCCUACUCCACCCUUGUCUCCUCCUCCUACUCCACCCUUGCCUGCUCCUCCUCCUACUCCACCCUUUUUUCCUCCUCCUACUCCACCCUUUCCUUCUGCUCCUCCUACUCCACCCUUGCCUGCUCCUCCUCCUACUCCACCCUUGUCUCCUCCUUCUACUCCACCCUUUCCUUCUGCUCCUCCUACUCCACCCUUUCCUGCUCCUACUCCACCCUUUCCUUCUGCUCCUUCUACUCCACCCUUGCCUGCUCCUCCUCCUACUCCACCCUUGUCUCCUCCUCCUACUCCACCCUUUCCUUCUGCUCCUCCUACUCCACCCUUGUCUCCUCCUCCUACUCCACCCUUGUCUCCUCCUACUACUCCACCCUUGCCUGCUCCUCCUCCUACUCCACCCUUGUCUCCUCCUCCUACUCCACCCUUUCCUUCUGCUCCUCCUCCUACUCCACCCUUUCCUUCUGCUCCUCCUACUCCACCCUUUCCUUCUGCUCCUCCUACUCCACCCUUGUCUCCUCCUCCUACUCCAACCUUGCCUGCUCCUCCUCCUACUCCACCCUUUCCUUCUGCUCCUCCUACUCCACCCUUUCCUGCUCCUCCUCCUACUCCACCCUUUUUUCCUCCUCCUACUCCACCCUUUUUUCCUCCUCCUACUCCACCCUUUCCUGCUGCUCCUCCUACUCCACCCUUUUUUCCUCCUACUACUCCACCCUUGUCUCCUCCUCCUACUCCACCCUUUUUUCCUCCUACUACUCCACCCUUGUCUCCUCCUCCUACUCCACCCUUUCCUCCUCCUCCUCCUCCUUCUCCUCGUUGA